AUGCCUGUCAUCACACCUAACCAAGUCACAGAGGACAAGCUUAGCCUUAACGCUGUCAAUGGUUGGUUCAAGCACUUAGGGACAGUUAUCAACAUUGCAAUUGAUGUUCACAGCGCCAAGGCACUCGUGAGUUUACCUGAGCACACUGAGGCUCAUGCUGCAUGGAAGUUGGAGGAUGCUGUAUUUGGGAAUUGGUUUGCGAAGGUCUUUUGGCAUCGGCCCAUGGGAGGACAUGGGCAAACAGGGUCACAAAUGCUAGUGGCCUCCGCACCACUAUUGGCAAACCUGGCUGCGCAAGAUACCCCCACACCUUCUGUACCAUCCCAGCCUCCUGCAGCACCGCCCACAACUCCCUCCUUGAGGCAGAAGUUGCUGGAGCAGCAGAUAUCAGAGAAGGAGGGGAUCCUAGCAAGAUUGCAGAAGUUGGGAGAAGAGAUGACAAUUUCAUCAGUACCACCAUUGGCUACCCCUGCCAAGCUCCAUUCACCUGCACCUGUCUCAACUACUCAAAACGAUCACGAGUGGAAGAGAGAGAGGGAUGAUGAAAUUCUUGUCAAUUUUAGGACGAGAGCAGCUGCUGAGCAGGGUUUUGCCAAAGGAUCAACCAUUGUUGCAGUAGGGCCAGUGAAAAUAUCAUGGCACACUGCCCAGCAAUUGCAAGCAAGACCUCAAGGUGUCACUGUGCCCUCAUUCUGA